UGAGGGGAAAUAUUAGUUUUAUUUCAUAUAUUAUUAAGGAUUGGUAAGUUUUCGUAAUUGUUUUUGAAUAACUUCAAUUUAACCAGGCUUCAAUAUUCGGUAGCAUACAUCAAAAUUAUUUCAGUAAUAUUUUCUGCCGCUACUAUAGCAACAACAAUUUGCAGGAGACGUCAUGAUGUCAUAGUUGACUCUUCCACUGCUUAAAUUUAUAUAAUUGUCUAUGUUUAGAGGGUAUAACAUUUUAUUUAUUUGCGGCAUCAUCGCUAAUUGGUUCGUUUCUUUUGUCGCCACUUCGUACCAUUGCACAUGAUAAUACACACACAAACACAUAUAUGUAGCAAAAAUGUCACCCCCACUGACAACAGCAGCGAAUUGUCACUUGAAAUGUCAGAAGUGGUCAAAUUUUUGAGUGUAAUCUACUUUUUCCGAGUUGCGUGAUAAAAUUUGGGUUUUUCUUUCAACUACAAGGUGUAAAAAAAGUAAUUAUCUAUUGAAAAAGUCAAAUUGCGUAGUUAAAUGGCGCUUUCAUAAAACGCAGUGUAUAUUUACCAAGUGUUUUCGUAUAAGCUGCUUAAAAUUUCCCUUAAAUGCUGGAUUGAGCUCACCGACACUCAUACCAACGCAUAAGUGCGUUUUAUGAUAGCAGCAACGGCUGCAGGCUGAUUCAUAUUUAAGGACACCAUUGUUUAGUGUUAAGAAAAAAGUUGCAAUUGAAGAGGUAAGCGAUAAAGUAUAUUAAUACAUCGCUGCUUUGUGUUGGAAAUAUGUAAUUCCAAAACAAUUCAUUAACUACAUACAUACUUCCUGUAGUUGAAAAAUCUAUUCCUAUCACGGUUACAUCAAUAUCCCAGUACCAUGUAUCAGACCGCUUGCAAUGUCGCUACGACUGGCUCAUGUGCGCCUGGUACAGAAAAUGAUCGCGAUGCUGAACGUCAGGCAGCACUUAUGGCACAGCAGCCACCCACAGCACCGGUGGAACCAGAUUACAGCGGCUUCGAUAUAGUCAAAGCGACACAGUAUGGCGCUAUAGCACGUGUACGUGAACUUAUUGAAUCUGGUUGGGAUGUUAAUCAACCCGAUAGUGAGACUGUAACGUUACUACAUUGGGCAGCCAUUAAUAAUAGGCGUGAUAUAAUACGUUAUUUUCUGGAGAAAGGCGCUAUUGUAGAUGCUGUAGGUGGUGAAUUAAAUGCAACACCCUUACAUUGGGCAACAAGACAAGGGCAUCUCGGUUCUGUUGUGCUGCUGAUGAAUGCCGGCGCUGAUCCGCGAAUACGUGAUGCCGAGGGUUGCUCCUGCAUACACAUUGCAGCACAAUUUGCACACACAGCAUUGGUUGCAUAUUUCAUAGCAAAAGGUGUUGAUCCAGAUUUACAAGAUCGUGGCGGGAUGACUGCGCUCAUGUGGGCCGCUUGGAAGGUUUGCGCACUGGAUCCUGUACGUUUAUUACUCACGCUUGGCGCUAAUCCCGCCAUGGUCGAUUAUACACACGGCAACACAGCAUUACAUUGGGCCAUACUGGCGCGCAACGCUACUGCGAUUUCUACAUUGGUUCUAAAAUCACGCGCCUCACUCGACGUUCCUAAUUUGCGUGGCGAAACACCCUUAACAAUGCUCGAGACACAGGCAGGCGCAAUAUGGAUUGGUUCGAAAGUAUUAGAUCGCGUACGUGAGGCUUCGCAAAAAUCACAAACACAACGCUCCUUGAUAUCACGUCUGCGCCAUGAUAAACGUCUACGUUGGUGGGCAAUGGUUGCUUGUCCAUUUACGGCGUUUUAUUUAGCUGGCGUCGUAUUUACACUAAAUACACUGUAUAUAAUUAAAUUCUUCCUGCUUGGUUGUUUGUAUGGCAUCUUCCAUACGCUUGGUAAAGCGUUAUUCGAUGAGCAUUUGCUUGCAUUAUUACCGUUAAGCGUGUAUCUGGCAACGAAAGCGUGGUUCUAUGUUACAUGGAUUGUAUACAUUGUGGAUGCAGUAUCGUUUGCGGAAACCUUGGUAUUUUUGACGUGCUCCGCAGCGCUUUGGGUAUGUUUUAUGAAGUCUUGGAAAGGCGAUCCAGGUAUUAUACGACCGACGCAGGAGCAACGUUUUAAAACGAUUGUCGAAUUGUCAGAACGCGGUGGCAUUGGGUUUGAACCUUCCUCCUUCUGUUCCGGCUGUCUGGUACGGCGUCCGAUACGUUCAAAGCAUUGCAGCGUUUGCGAUCGUUGCGUUGCUCGUUUCGAUCAUCACUGCCCCUGGGUGGGUAAUUGUAUUGGCCUCAAGAAUCACGUGUACUUCAUGGGUUUCCUCUGGAUGUUACUUAUCAUGUGCGGUUGGAUGUUAUACGGUGGCGCCUGUUAUUAUAUCUAUCAAUGUAAUGUACACUUUACGCUCGUACCGCUGGCGGAUUUCCAAAAAGCAAUUAUGGACAUAGCCAAUUGUAAUGCCUGGGUGGGUUGGGUGAUGGCGAAUGCCUUGUUACAUCUCUCCUGGGUUGUGCUACUAACAAUUUGCCAGACAUAUCAAGUCGUCUGCUUGGGUAUGACUACUAAUGAGCGCAUGAAUCGUGGACGUUAUCGUCACUUUCAGGCGAAAGGUGGACACAGUCCUUUCACACGUGGACCAUUCAACAACUUGGUCGAUUUCUUGGAGUGCAAAUGUUUUGGCUUAGUGCAACCGCGUCACGUCGAUUGGAUGAAUUACUACGAUAUGGAUAAGCAGGUGGGUCGCACAACGGUGGAACAAGAGCCGCUAUUGCGUGGAAAUGCCGAUGGUGAAGGUGGUGGCACCGAGUUGGCGCACUAUCAGUAUGUGUAGGAUAAGUCGAAUCGGGAUGCGGAGACGCGCAAUGCACCCAUAGCAAAUGUUUAGGCAAACACGCAGGAAUAUCGCGGUCGUAAUGGUAUACAAACAGUGGCAUUUUUUCACGUGCUUUAGGUAAAGAACUGUAAGGUGGGCUUAUAAGUGAAAUAGUUUGUGUUAACAGUGCUUCGUUGUUGUAGUAGUGCUUGUAAAAUUUGUGCGUUGUGCAAUUUUUUAACAUAAUAUACAUACAUAUUUAUGAAUUUUGUAAUUAAUUUUGCGUUAUUUUUUGUACCAUUUAAAAUUUUAUUUUUGUAACAAAUUUCACAGCUGUCACUGAUAACAGUUUUAAAACUCCAUAUGUACAUAUGUACAAAUUUGUCAACUGUCACUGUUACAACAACGUUGUUUGGGUAAAAUGAAUAGUCAAGCCCUAAGGAACCUUUGCUAAGCGUAUUAAACUUUUACUGUAUUAUAUGUAAACCUAGUUAUUAUAGUUUCUAUUAAUAAUUAUGCUUGGGUGGCAUAUGCCUGAAUAAAGCAUUUGUUAGUUAUAUUUCGUUGCUGCGCCUAUUCAAUACUAUACUUAAUACAAAUGUAAUUAUUAAUACUUAAUAUGUUUUCUUUUGUAGUUCGAUACUUCUUAAAAGUUUUAGAUAGCAGUUUAUGAGCAUUGUAGUAGGCUUUACAAGUUUAGGUUAGGAAUUUUUAUUAGUUCAGACAUAACCACUCGCUGUAUUGUGUAAACUUAGUUAAAUCAUUUUAGUGAAUACUUAGUAGCAAGUAUUAGCAAGAACAAAUGGAUAUAGUACAUAUGUGUAGGACAUUGUAGCGCAUUUGCAGUUUGGGCAGCCGUAUGUGUGUGGUCGACGUAAACCGAUUCAAGUUAGGAUGAAAAAUAUUGUGCAUCAUAAGUAAAAUGCAAACGAAAUGACAUUAGAUAUAUGGAACAUAAUUUGUUAUAAGAAAAAUGUAUUGCUUAUUAAAAAUUCUUGGUGUAAUACAAACUAUAAAAAUAAUCAAAGUGGUGUUUGGCGUUGGAAAGUAAUUUCCAGGCUUCGGCUUGACAAAAACAAAAACUAAAAACACUAAAACGAUUUUUAUUAAACUAAAUUAUUAUAGAUUUAAAAAGUAUGUAAAGAAAUAAUUUUUAAAAUGUAAUUUUUUUUUAGAAAUCGUAAAAUUCACAUUCUUUUUGUUUAAAAUUUAAAUUAAAUUUAUAAAUUAUCAUUUUUUAUCAUACUUGUUUUUAUUUAACUUUCGAUUUCUGUUCGAUUUUGAUGUUAUAAAUUUGUAAUAUUUAUUUUUUUUUCGAUUUUAUAUUUUGGUUUUAAACUUAUUUUUUUAUUAAACUCUUAUUUGACUCUUUUUUUUAUUUCGAAUUUUUUUUAAAUUUUAACAUUUUUUUCUUUAACCUUUUUUUUAUUAUUUUUAUUUAAAUAAAUUUUUUUAUGUGUUUGUUUUACAUUUGUCUUUAUGUAUAUUUUUUACAUCUUUUUUUAAAAUUUAUUUUGUUUAAUUUUUUCUUUUAAUUUUUCUAUUUAAAAUUUUUUAUUCGAUAAAUAUUUUUCGACACAAACACUGCUUUGAAUAUACAAGAAUACACAAAAUUAUAUUAAACUAAUAUAUUUAUACAUAAAUUAAUGCAUAUUCAUGAUGUAGCUAAACGAAAACAAAGUAAUAAUUACUUAUUCUAAAAAUCCGAAAAACAGCUUAAAAGCAAUGUAAAACUGUUGAUGAACCAUUUGACCUGCUUAAUAGACAUAAAUUAAUAUAUUUAAAGAAAAAGCAAAAAUUACUUUACACAUUGUUUAAUUUAUACGAAAAACUAUAUAUAAUUUUGUUUUAAGAAAAUAUUUUUUAGUGGCCUUAAUGUUAUACGAAAGCCAACUAAUGUUUCGCAAUACGUAAUUUGGCUAGCAAGUAAUGGGUGUAUUUUUUUCAUAACAUAAUUGAUUUUGUGUCAUAAAACAAGAGUUUAAUGCACUUGACAUUUGCUUUUUGCUAAAUCUAUACAAUGGCAUUUAUACUUAAUAAUAGAUACAAAGCGCAGUUAUUAAUAUUUAUAGCAAACAAAAUUUUAAUACGCACAUUUAUUUUGUUACUUCGAAGUAAUACAAAAGGUGCAGUUACAGGAGGAAAAGUCAGUUUUAUACCGAGAAAAGAUAUCAAGUUGAAAGCCGAUAUAUUUAAACCGUAACUAUGCGCCUACAUAUAUACAUAUACUUAUGUCCCACCAAAAACAUAAAAAUCAGAAUUAAAUAUAAAGCAUCCAAAAUUCAUAAAAUAAGCUUGAGGUAGUAGUAAAGUAUCACAACAAAUGGCCAUGCAAAAUUCUGAAAAAAUGCACAAUUUUUGAAACAAUUUAUUAGCAUUUAGUAUAAGCUCCAUUUAGUUUUUUCUGCGCCGAAAUAUUUGAUAGUUGCUCCCACCAGAACAAAUGUAAAUAAAUAGAUGCAGUUUCAAACAUUCAUGCAAAGCCAGUGAGCAAAAUAACAAAAAAACAUUAUUUUAUAAAGAUUAAUUAAAACUAAAUCUGAAUAUGAAAUAACUAACGAGAUUGAUAAUUUUGCGUAUAUUGUUAACCGCAAAUUAUUUGUUUUACUUAUUAGAAAACGUCAAAAAUGAAAUUGUUUAUGUAUAAACAAACAAGAAAAAUUACGAUUUAAAGUUAAGCUAUAUAUAAUAAACAAACGAGAAAAAACACCAAAUAUUUUUGUUAUAAAAACAAAAAGUAAUAUUAAAAAUAUAAAUGAAUGUCUUUUUUAAUUUAUUAAUGUAGAAAAAAGUAGCUGCAUUAACAAAAAGAAAAAAGCUAGUUAACCUAAACAUGUAGUGGAAAUCGAUAACAUUAGUGAAAAUGCUUCAAUCAAUGAUAACUAUAAUUUUAAUAAAAUUAAAUUCAACAAUAAGUAAAAAUAUUAUUAAAAAAUGUAUGUGUAUGUCAACAAAACUAUGCAAGUAUUACGCGUGAAAGAACUGUACAUUUCAAAGCAUUCAUUCUUAUGCCAUCAAAUAAAAACUUUUAAUAAAAAAAUUAACUAAAAAGCUAACAAUUUGCACCAAACAUUCUAGUCAGCCAAACAUGCUAAAAAUACGUUCACAUUACCAUUUAACUUACAUAUAAACAAAAUAAUUUUUAACAGCUCUUUGAUAAAUUAAAAUAUAGAUAUAUAUACACUAAAUAAAACUGGGAGUAUUUAUAAUUAAAAAAAUUGUAUAAAAUGUCAUUUUAAUAUUUAAAACUGCGAAAGUGAAGGACAUUUAUUAAUUAACUUAUUAUUUCAAUACUUAUAUAUAUGUAUAUAUGCAUGGUUGAAAGUGGCAGUCACGUGAAAAUUUAUAUAUUUCAGAGAAAGUUUCACAUAAAAUUAAUUAAAUAUAUUUAUAUAUGUUUUUCGUGUGAUAUGUUAAAUUUCUUAUUAUUUAGUUAAUUUAAAACAACUCGGACAAAUGUUAACUGUUUAUGUUUUUUAUGUUUAAUGUUUUUAUACUAGUUAGCUUUUUUUCUUUUGCUAUCAUAUGAUAUGAAACUUUCUCAAUAACAAAUAACACACUUUUAUGCACUUGAAGAAAAAUGAGAAAUUAAAACUAAUAGGUAAUAUGAAAAAUACAAUUUCUACAGACAUUCGUUAACUUAAUAUCUAAUAAGGGAAUUGAAUACGAUAUACAGUGUUUUGAACAUUUCCGACUGAUAUUUACUAGCACAUCGUUUUACUAAGACACAUUUUUACUAAGUAUAUUAACUCCAGUACAUUUUCUAAUGCAAUAAAAUGAAAACAAAACAAAAAAUCUUAAUUAAACUAAGAAAAAACAUUGUCUUUGUUUUUUGAGAAUUAUUUUAAAAAUUCUACAAUAUUCAUAGCUAUUUAUCUGUGUGUGCUUUAUAUAUAUACAUGUAUAUUUAUAAACUAAAAAAAAAAAAAAAU